AUGAAGGAUCUAUUGUACGAAAGGGCCAUUAGGGACCCCGCGGAUAAACGUCGUUCUUUCAAAGAUGGUGUGCGCGAAGUUGAUUUCGUUUUGGCCUACAACUCUGCUGAUCGAAGUGAAGAUCAUAUCAAGAAGCGUAAAAUAUUCGAAACUAAUCUUGCAAAAGAAGGCCUCCAACUGGAACGCGAUAAGGCACUAAGUGUUCAUUUCGUUCUGAUUCAUGCCCCCAAAGAGGUGCUGUAUCGCUAUGCAGAAAUACUUAAAAUUAAAAUGCCAAUGAAAAUGAUUCCGGGUCAAAAUCGAAUUUAUGAAAAUGACAAACACAACCCGGACGAAGAAUUCACGCAUAAUUUGAAAAAGAAUCGCAUUUAUUCAGAAUUUCAGCGGAAAUACGAGUGUUUAUUUGAUAGUGAACUUCCAAAUUUCUUUGAUUCGGGAACCAGAAUAAACAUAAUCAAUUUUAUAUUGGAACGUCAACGAUUUGUGGAAGGUGAAGAGACACCAGAUAAUUUGGGUAUAGAAAAACUAUUAGCCGAUGGAGUUUAUGAAAGUGCUUAUAGUUUACAUGAUGAUGUCGAGCGACAAGUGCUGUUAAAAGACUGGGCAAACAUAAAAAUGUGGAUACAUCAACAACCAUUAGAUGCUAUUAAAGAAUAUUUUGGUGCUAGAAUAGCAAUAUAUUUUGCAUGGCUGGGUUUUUAUACACAUAUGUUAAUACCAAUUAGUAUAAUUGGUAUAUUGCAGUUCAUUUAUGGUUUCAUUACACGGCGAUCAGAUCCGAUAAGUCGAGAAAUAUGUAAUACAAAUAAAACAACGUUGAUGUGUCCCCAAUGUGAUCGAAAUUGUGAUUAUUGGGAACUGAAAGAUACAUGCGGUGCAGCAAAAGCGAAUUAUUUAAUUGAUAAUAAUAUGACAGUGGCGUUUGCAUUUAUAAUAUCGAUUUGGGCUGUUGUUUAUUUAGAACUGUGGAAAAGAUAUUCGGCAAAUUUAAUACACCGUUGGGGUCUUACCGACUAUACACAGGAAGUUGAACAUCCCCGGCCACAGUAUUUGGAAAUGAUACGAAAAAAUCGAAAAUUAGCCGAUCGUAUAAAAGAUAAAAGUGGACACAAUUUAAUUGAAGCGGAAAUUCCAUUUUGGUCGGUGAAGUUUUCGGCAUGUUUUGCAAGCUACAGUGUGGCUGUUUUGUCGGUAUGCGUUUCGAUUAUUGCAAUUUUGUCGAUGAUCAUAUAUCGCAUGGCCCUCAAAGCCUCACAUAGUUUUCUGGGCGAUGAAACUUCAACGACAUACAAAAUUAUGGCCCAACCAAUUACCGCAGGUUGUAUUGAUUUGACUAUUAUAACAAUAUUACACUAUGCCUAUAGUUAUCUGGCCGAAAUACUAACCAAUCGUGAAUAUUGUCGUACCCAGACGGAAUAUGAUGAGAGCCUAACGCUGAAAAUCUAUAUUUUCCAAUUUGUCAAUUAUUAUUUCUCGUUAUUCUAUAUUGCAUUUUUGAAGGGGAAAUUUGUCGGUUAUCCCAUGAAAUAUAAUCGAAUAUUUGGCUUCCGGCAGCAGGAGUGUAAUCCUGGUGGCUGCCUAAUGGAAUUAUGUAUUCAAUUGGUGAUUAUUACAGUUGGCAAACAACUUAUGAAUGCAAUUGUGGAGAAUUUAUUACCUUUGUUGAAAAAGAAAUGGAAGGAGGUGCAAAAUAAAAAGCGGGAGAGUGUGAAAAAUUUUGUAUCGGAUAAUCAAUGGAAUGAGGAUUAUCCAUUGCAACCAUGGACAAGUCGUUUAUUAUUUGCUGAAUAUUUGGAAAUGGUAAUGCAAUUUGGCUUCAUUACACUCUUCGGUGUGGCAUUCCCAUUGGCUCCGCUUUUGGCAUUGAUUAACAAUGCUAUCGAAGUACGUACCGAUGCUGUGAAAAUGUUAAAAUUUAUUCGACGACCAGUUGCCCAGAGAGCCAGUAAUAUUGGUGUAUGGUUUGGUAUUAUGACGGUGAUAACACGGUUAGCUGUUGCCACCUGUGCCAUGAUUAUUGCAUUCUCCACUAAUCUUAUACCGAAAAUUGUUUAUAAAUAUGCCACACACGAUGAUGAACUGCAGGGUUAUCUUAAUUUCACAUUGGCCUAUUUUAAUACCAGUGAUUUUCCGCAACCGCCUAAUUUUGGUUAUUCGAAAUAUGGCAACGUUACACUGUGUCGGUAUAUAGAGUUUCGGAAUCCUCCGGGUGGUGAAUUUCCAUAUAAACGACCAAUUGUUUAUUGGAAAAUAUUAAUGGCCCGUUUGGCAUUUAUUGUUAUUUUUCAGAAUGUCAUUGGUGGUCUUCAAACCAUAAUUGCCUGGGCCAUACCAGAUGUCUCUGCCAAACUGGUGAAACGCAUUAAACAUGAAAACUUUCUGUUACGUGAAUACAUUAUUGAAUGUGAAAAGCGCCAAGUAAUUGAACGAAAUGCAGAUGAAAUUAUCUCAUGGGUUGUAAAUAUGGCACCAGAAUCGGAUACUAGCCUUAGUGAUACUUCGGAUGAUAGUUCGACAUAUGCUGAAAGCGUAGAAGAAACUAGUUUAUAG